GCUUGUUGUCUCGAAAGAGCUGAAGUCGAGAGUUUUGAGUUACAGUGAAGAAGCUCUUCGUCAAUGGCGGCUUUCUCGAGCUUCUUCAAGAGAAAAUCAUCGAUACCCUUUACCAGUUUCGCUAUACGCAGAUGGUUCUCCACUCAACCUAUCCUCGAUUCUCCGUCUUUUUCCCAGAGAAUCAGAGAUCUGCCCAAGGAUCUUCCAGGGACCAACAUCAAAAAAGAAGUUUCUCAGCUUAUUGGGAAGACUCCUCUGGUUUUUCUGAAUAAAGUCACAGAAGGGUGUGGAGGUUAUGUAGCUGUCAAGCAAGAGAUGAUGCAACCCACUGCUAGCAUCAAAGACAGGCCAGCACUAGCCAUGAUCACAGAUGCAGAAGACAAACGGUUGAUCACUCCUGGGAAGACUGUGCUGAUUGAGCCCACAUCGGGAAAUAUGGGGAUUAGCAUGGCGUUUAUGGCGGCCAUGAAAGGGUACAAGAUGGUUCUGACCAUGCCUUCCUACACAAGCUUGGAGAGGAGAGUGACCAUGAGAGCAUUUGGGGCUGAUUUGAUUCUCACUGAUCCCACCAAGGGGAUGGGAGGAACAGUUAAAAAGGCUUAUGAGCUUUUGGAAUCCACCCCAGAUGCUUUCAUGCUUCAACAAUUUUCAAAUCCUGCCAAUACCCAGGUGCAUUUUGAAACUACAGGUCCAGAGAUAUGGGAGGAUACUCGUGGACAAGUUGACAUAUUUAUAAUGGGAAUUGGUAGCGGUGGCACUGUCUCUGGGGUUGGACGUUAUCUCAAAUCCCAGAAUCCUAAUGUUAAGAUAUAUGGACUUGAGCCAACUGAAAGCAACGUACUGAAUGGUGGCAAGCCAGGUCCUCAUCAUAUUACAGGCAAUGGGGUUGGAUUCAAACCAGAUAUCCUGGACAUGGAUGUAAUGGAAGAAGUUCUCAUGGUUUCUAGCGAAGAUGCAGUCAACAUGGCCAGGCAGUUGGCACUGAAGGAAGGCCUUAUGGUGGGGAUAUCAUCAGGAGCUAACACAGUUGCAGCACUAAGGCUAGCAAGAAGGCCAGAGAACAAAGGCAAACUAAUAGUGACUAUUCAUCCAAGUUUCGGGGAGCGGUACUUGUCAUCUGUCCUGUUUCAAGAACUGAGGAAAGAAGCCGAAAACAUGCAACCUGUUUCUGUUGAUUGAUGCUUCUAUAUACCCUCCUUCCUACUGCUUAUGGAGUAUUAUUACCAGUGAUUUUGCCACGUGAAAUCAGUUCUAUCAGUGAAUCAUUCUACUUCUUUUCCUCAUUUUCCUGUUUCUUUCAUUGGUGAUUUACUAUUGGUAUACCAAUCCUGUCCUGCAGAUCUGUAUAUUGUUUGUAUCAACGUACUCAACUCUCAUGGAAUCAAAAAGAUUUGAUGAAAUGAUAUUCUGAAUA